CUGAAUUUCAGAGUGGAGAACCACAUCUUUACCCCGAAGCUGCAUCAAAAGCAGAUUGUGAAUCUUGGGCUGUGGCACUGGGAGAGGCAAACUCAAAGUUUGAGGAAUAAAAUUCAUCAGCUCUGGAGGUUGAUCAUGGAGAUCAAAGAGGAGAGAGCAUCAGAUGAAGCACAACAGUUUCUACCUUCAUCACAGAUAGACAGUAUAGGAGAGCCACAGCUUACGAGUAUUCAAAGAAUUGCAAAUGAGCCAAAGCUGGAGUUCAGUCUUGCAUGCAAGGAUCUGGUGGCUGCUACCCGUGAUCGGAAGCUGAAUACAUUUAUACAAGUCUCAGUGGUACAUCCAGCAGAGCACGUUUUGACGAGGUAUUCAAGUACUGAAAUCGUGGAGGGAACAAGAGAUCCACUGUUUCUGACUGGUGUGACAUUCCCACCGGAAUACCCCAUCUAUGAAGAGACUAAAAUAAAACUCACAGUCUAUGAUGUCAAAGAUAAAUCUCAAGACACGGUCCAUACCACUGUCCUACCUGAUCACAAGGAGCCAAGAGCAGAUGCUGGACGAAGCUUCCUGGGCUGUACAACUUUUAUAGUAGGAGACUUGGUGAAGUCAAAGGAACAACAGUUGACCCUUACCCUCAGAACUUCUGAUGGUGGAAAGGCAGUUGGUACCAUUGAAGUCAAUCUUGUGAGGAUGGGAGAGCUAGAAGAUGGGGAACCAGGCCACAUCACAACAGAUGCACAGGAUCAAAAGUUCCUCUGUUUUCUACCACUGAAAUCCUGUUCAUGUGGAUUUUUAAGUGCAACCAGUGCCCACAAUACUGAAAACCUGGGAAGAAUGGCAGACAGGCAAGCCAAAGAAGAGUGUGCAUUGGUUCAUGAGUGUACAGCACCUGAAGGCAUAAGUGGUAAAGACAACUUGCCUUCAUUAAAUGCAGUGUUAAAAAACCCAAUCUGCAAGUUGUACAGAUUUCCUACUUCUGACAACAAGUGGAUGAAGAUCCGGGAACAGAUGGCUGAGACCAUCCUCUCCUUCCACGUUCCUAAAGAACUGAUCAAUCUGCACAUAAAGGAGGAUAUGAGAAGGAAUCAGGAACUUAAAGACUUGGGAGAACUUGCACCUCACUGGGAUAAUAUGCGUAAAAGUGUUAUUGCUCACUGUGAUCAGAUGUUGAGCAUAUAUCAAGAUACUCUCGCAGAGCUUGGAAAGUAUACAGGUUCUUCCUUCAAAUCAAGCUGUAGCAAAGGAGAAAAAACAUUAGAAUUCAUCCCAAUAAAUCUCCAUCUGCAGAGAAUGCACGUGCAUAGUCCUCGAUUGAAAGAUGCUCUGUAUGAUGUAAUCACUGUGGGAGCCCCGGCAGCACAUUUCCAGGGAUUUAAGAAUGGUGGUCUCCGAAAACUGCUGAGUAAAUUUGAGGCAGAAAGGCGAAAUACUGGAUACCAGUGUAUUUACUAUUCACCUGAAAACACAGCCAAGGCAAAAGAAGUUCUCAGCAACAUCAAUCAUCUACAACCUCUCAUAUCAAGCCAUGCCGACCUUCUGCUUAAUUCUGCAAGCCAGCGUUCUCCGGACAGCUUGAAGAACUCUUUAAAGAUGCUUUCAGAAAAAACAGAGUUGUUUGUGCAUGCAUUUAAGGAUCAGCUGGUCAGAAGUGCCCUUUUAGCACUAUAUACAGCCCGACCUGGCUGUGUCCUCAAGAAACCAGCCGUGCCUAGAAACAGUGCAGAAGAGGGGGAUGACCUAAAGCAUCAGGAUCAUCCAUCCCAGGUUAAAAGACAGGAUUCUAUACCCCAUCAUUCUGAGUACGAUGAGGAAGAGUGGGACAGGGUGUGGGCUAAUGUGGGGAAGAGUUUAAACUGUGUUAUUGCCAUGGUGGACAAACUGCUUGAAAAAGACAACAGUGGCAACAUUAAAGGUGAAAUUGACCCUUCAGCAGGAGAUUGCAAGCAUGCAGACGGUGACUGGUAUGAGCAGCUUUAUCCCCUGGUGAUUACGCUGAAGGAUUGCAUGGGAGAGGUGGUCACUAGGGCGAAGCAGUCAAUGGCGUUUGUUCUGCUCCAGGAACUUGCCUGUGGUUUGCCACAAUGUUUGAUGCUGACCCUAAGGAGAGACAUUGUCUUUAGUCAAGCACUUGCUGGAUUGGUCUGCGGGUUUAUAAUCAAGCUGCAUACAGGUUUACAUGAUCAAGGAUUUUUACAACAGCUUCAUACUGUUGGAUUACUUGUGCAAUAUGAAGGACUCCUAAGCACAUAUAGUGAAGAAGCAGGGAUGCUCGAAGACAUGGCUGUGGGAAUUUCAGAUUUGCAGAAAGUAAUGUUUAAAGUUAUUGAAGCCAAAUCAGAAGACUUUUUGCCUAUUAUAACUGGAAGACGUGAACAUUAUGUCAUAGAGGUCCAGCUUCCAGCAAAGAUGUUUGAGUUGCUACCACAAGAGAUUAAAGAAGGAAAGCUACUUCGUAUGUAUCCAGUACUCUUUAAUGUUGGAAUCAAUGAACAGCAGACGCUUGCAGAGAGGUUUGGAGAUACCUCUUUGCAAGAAAACAUUAACCAAGAAAACUUAGAACUUCUAAAAGAGUAUUACAACCUGUUUACGGAAAAAAUGCCUCCUGAUUGUCUACCACAUUUUCAAGAACAAAAUGAUUUAAAGGGAUUACUAGAAAAUCUUCAUCAAAAUAUCCAGGCCAAAAAGAGAAAGAAUGUAGAAAUCAUGUGGCUGGCUGCAACGAUUUGCCGUAAGCUGAAUGGAGUCCGCUUCACCUGUUGCAAAAGUGCCAAAGACCGGACGUCCAUGUCAGUGACAUUGGAGCAGUGCUCCAUCUUGAGGGACGAGCAUCAGCUUCACAAAGACUUCUUUAUUCGGGCACUGGAUUGUAUGAGAAGCCUACAAAAUAACCAGCUUACACAACAGCGGAAAAAUGCACUGGAGACUGGAGAUAACUAUGCACCAUCACAGGGAGAGAAGAUUUAUACCUUCCCACUAGCUUACUUUUUACUUCCUGAGAGAAGGAUGCCGCAUAGAGAAUGUACUGAAGAAUGUCAAAUGCAGAAAAUAUGCAUUCAACAUGAUACAACUGAUGGCUUUCCCAAAGUACUACAGACCUCCAGAAGGGACAUAUGGAAAAGCUGACACCUAAGUUUAACAAAAAUGUAAUCAGGAACAUAUACCAUGCUAAUUAGUGAACAUAAAAAUUGCUGUUUAUGACUUAAUAAUUUGGAAUGUGUAACCAGUUGAGGUGUUACUUUACGAGGUUUAACAUUUUAGAAGUAACAACAGUUAGUCAUCAUGAAAUAAAAUACUGGUGGUUUAAGUAUUCUCAAAACCAAAUGCAUUCAACUUAUAUUUGUGAAGUUGAAGCUUAGCAUGACUCAUCAACUAGUUGGAAUUAGGUCUUGGGGCAGCUUGAUGGAAGAUGAAAAAGGGAAAUGUCAUUUGCAAUAGGAACUGAUAGUUCGGAAGGGAGCAUUCUGACUCUGAACCAAAGCCUGAGAUUUGAAUUAAAAGAUCUCUUCCUGCCAGAAAUCAUGUUUUCUGGUACUAGCAAAGCACUGAAGUCAUGAUCAGUAAUAACUAAAUCCUCCAUGGAAUUUUUCAUGAAAGAUGCAACUCUUAAUACCUAAGCUAAAUACAAUUUUGGUCAUUAUGUUUGUUUUCUUCAUAUAAGCAUGGUAACUUCACAAUGUACUUUUAGUAAUUAUGGCCUGUAAUUUCAGUAAUUCCAUUCUGGUUUGUUGCAGUUCAUUUGGAUGUAUCUUUCUUGGCUUUCUGUACCUGAGCCAAAUACCGCUUAUUUCACGUAAUCUAGCGCAUAAAUUACACUGAAAUCAGAGGGAUUAAUUCUUCAAGUAAGGAGACUUAUAUCUAGCCUGUCAUGUUCCUGUUCACAGUAAACCCUUAAAACUAAACUUUCAUUCGUGACAGGUAAAAUGACUUGUUAAUGUAUUGUUAGGCUAUAAAAACAUGUGUUUUUACAGAGCCUGAGAGAAAUACUAUAAUUACAGUAACCUCUUGUAUUAGGACUAGUUAGCUUCUGCAGCUGAUUUAUAUGAAAUUUGUAAUGCUGCGUGUAGAUGUUCUAGGAUAAAGAACAGCUAUGAGCUUUAAAAGUGAAUGUUAAUGCUUCUGCCAGCUUGUGUUAAUCCUGAAAUGCAUCUUGCAAAGAACAUUUGUGUUUUCUAAUUAUCUCUAUUUAUUGCCUUCUUCUGCCCCCCAGAGAGAAAUACAGUUAACAAAAGAUAAGUGUCUACUGGUUACUGACCUUUAUGCAAUGCAUUUAUUUUAAGAAAAAAAUAUUUAGAGCAGAAGUGUAAGAAUUCUACCCAAAUUAAACUGCAUGGGGAAUUUGAGUACCUGUAGGAAACUGUAGUUGCUGUGGAUAAAGUGGUUAAUGUUUGCUUGCUCCUACAGAAGUCCAGGAAAUCUUGAUGUAUGGUGAAUUACAGUUUGUUCUUUUUAAUCUAUUAAGACCUGCUACUGGAUGUAAAUCUAUAACUGUACUAGUAAAAAAUACUGGUUUAAGCACUUGAUUGUGCAAGCUGUAUUUGGUUAGUUAUGUAGAAAUUAUCUAUCAUGAAUAAAAUUAAACCCCUCUUGUAGAUUUGCAAGAUGAGGCUUUGGAACAUAUAGAAGUAUGUCAGGAAGGGAUCCUCAUUCCAGCGUAUUGACUUCAGUGAAGCCAAGAAUUCACCUAUACAAGAUAUUGACCUAAUUGGAACAUUUUUUCAAAGUGGUUUGUUCAAAAAGGGGUUUUGUGCAUUCGUUUAUUCAUAUUAUGUCUCCAUUAGAAUAUUAUUACAUGAAUGACUUCUUUGCUCUUCUAGAAUAUAUUGCAUCAACAGUAGAUGCUGGAAGAGCUAGCAAUGCAUCAUAGGCAGAUGGUAAUACAAUGCAAUACAAUACUGGUACAUGACUUUUCCUGUCAUGUACCAGUAGGCAGUACUGGGUGGAUGGGUGGAUGUGCGGAUAAAAUUGUGUGCAUUUAAAUAUUACACAGCUGAUCUGCACAAAAUGUUAUUAGCAGAUUUAUGGAGCAUAAGUCUUCCUAGGAAAGUACUGUUCUGUUCUGUCAGUUUGACUGUCACUCUAGACCUCACUUAGUUUCUGCUGUGUUUAUUACUAACUUAAAGAAACUUUAUAUAUACAGCUGGGAAAUAGUGGUAACUUCCUUAGGCACCUCAGAAAUAAUUCCAGUGAUAUACAGUAGAAAUGCUGGCCUUCCUACAGUAAUUCUGAAACAAUCUGUGAAAUUCUAGGCAAAGACAAUAUUCACUUGUGGAUGCUUUUGUUUCUUACAGUUCUUUAUUUCAGCCCCUUCAUAAUUCUGUCAAGUUCUAAAUAUGAAAUCCUAUAAAUUUCUUUUCUGUUAAGAAAAUAGUCUUUCAAGAUCUUGCCUCAGCAUUUAAUCUCACUAGGGUUCUUAAUUAUUUUUACUAUAAUGUUACCUUUUUAAUUAAAAUGUUUUCAUCAAUGAAGCCAUGCUUUUGGGGAAAAAAAAAAAAAAACCAACACAUUACUGUUCUUUUUAUUAUAACAGGUACACCCUAAACACAUUGUUGUGAAUAAGGCUGAACUUUUUCAUGCCAGUUUUUUCAUUUGAAUGUCUUUUUGUAGGUCACUGAGACACUUUUAAAACCUAACACAAUUCCAAGUGUCCUAGAAGAGCUUUAUUGCUUCUGUACUGAAGGAGGCUCAACUAUUUCCUUGUUUUGCCAUUGCCUGCCAUGGGUCUACAGCAUUUUAUUCAGUCAGAGGCUGUUUCACCAAACAGAGUUGUCAGUUAAUCAUGGAUUCACAACUUGUGUUUUUCUAGUUUGUCUUUUAUAAAGAAACAAAGAUCUCUUUGCUGCAGGUUGAUAGUUAGUUUAAUCGAAGUAUACUCACUCUGUACAGGAGACACUUUAAGCCGUGUCUAUCAUUUGAAUGCCCAACAGAGGAGCAGAAUCAUCCCCUGAGGUCUGUCUUGCAUGAAUCCUUGUAUAUCACUGAAUUUCACGGGAGUGGAAUUCAGCAAAUAAAUUUUCAUUAGAAAGCUACACCGUUUGUUUGCACAGAGUUAAGAGAAAUGUACUCAUUUCACUGCAUAUGUGUAGGAAGUGUUCCAUAUCUGCUUGACUUAAAAUAUUUUUUUUUCUCAUAGAUGAUUAUAAUUCUGCUAUAAUUAAUACAGAACAUCUAUAGGCUUGACAUUAUUAAGCAGGCAGGUCUUUUUGCUUCUGAAGUCUUCUUUUGGGGAAUUUUAAAUAUGUUAUUAUUACUGUUUAUACUUUGGCUUUUAUGGAGAAAUUAGGAAACAAGUUUUUAAUUGUUAUCUGAUUUUGUCGAUGUGUACUUGUGCAUUUUGGUUGAAUACUGGCAAAUGUGUGUGUUGAGGCACAAAUUAUAUAAGAGAACAGCUCAAAGAGACAAAAUAUUAAUGGAAAAGAGCCUUAAUGAAGUCCUUCUCAAUGCUAGUUUUUGUACUGUCCCAAUUUUGGCAUUUUUAAAGUAAAGUAGGGAAAUUAACGUGUUGCCUAAAACAAUCAAUCUGGAUUAAAAUUAACUAAUUUUAAUUGAAUUAAAAUGUAACGAUAUUUUAAAUAACCACUAAGGAUUUAGGUACAAAGCAGAGUGUAUUAAUUUGAAGCCCACUGUAUAUUGUGCCAAUUUUGACUUCCAGAAAAUAAGCUUAUUCUUACUUCUAUUUUUAUCACAAGUUUGAGGAAAUGCUAUGGCCAAUUUAUAAAAAGCAGGAAAUUCACUGAACAGCAACAGGUGUGAUAUAUAAAUUGCGUUAAAAACUAUGCAGCAAAAUUGCUUGUGUGAAUUAAUGUUUGUAAUCAGUUAACAGACUUAAACAUAUGUGUGAGUUGGCUAUGUUAUAAACUUGAAACAAUGAUAUCUCUAUAUUUAUGCUUUUUUAUUGUAAAAAGGAAAUGUUCUGUACAGGCAAUGCCAUGAGACAUGAAUUUGCUUCUUAUUUUUCACUUAUUCACAGCUUAAAAGGAUAUGUUCAGAUUCAAACUGCUUUAGCAUAAUUUACUGUUUCUUAAAACACAAUCUUACUUUGUAAAUUAGAUGUUAAAAAGCAAAAACUCACAGAACUGCAUUUAAAAACAAGCAAAUCAAAACCAGACUUCAGUCUCCAGAAAGCUGAGGUUUCUCCUUAAUCAUGCAACCCAUGAACUGUGUGUUGCUAGUGUUCAGCUUAUGCUCUGCAGCACCCAAGUGCUUCUUUCUGAGUGUCAUCUGAAUAAGUAACAUGCCACAACACUAAAUUUCAGCAUAAUACUCAUGAUUCAAGAUGACAAAUUUGGAUUUGCUCAAAAAGAAGUAGAGAUUUAAUAAUUCAGAGAAAAAGAAGAAGAAAUUUGUGAACCAAUAUAUCCAUAUGCCAAAGAGCAGAAGCGUAAAGCAUGGGGUUUCCACAGGGAACAAGAUUUAAGAUAGAAACCUGAGUGUAAUAGUUGAGUACUCAGAGCCUGGGGUUUGGAGUGAUGAGAUUUGAAGCAGUGCUGCUUCAACUUGGAUCUCUAACUGCAGUGUUCUGUACUCUUUCCAUCCGUCUUGCAAAGUGCUUUAAAUGUGCUUAGUGAUUCUGUUUUGCUGAUGAAGGAUCUGACUUCAGAAUUUCUAAAAUCCCGGGUUACUUUGGUACUUGUUUUCAUGUGGUGUAUCUGUUCCUUGUAACGUUCAUGUCUCACACUCUUACAGACAUGGGGCUCAGUAUAACAUUAACAGGUCUUCAGUCCAGAGUUUGGGUGUGUGCAUGUGUUCAGAGAAAUAAAGCACAACUAAACAAUUCAAAUCCUUUUAUACAUCAGGAUUUAGCAUUUUUGUUUCAUUGCUGUCUGUAAGCCAUGCUCAUUGUACACUGUGUGUAUAUUUUUAUUUAAAUAAAUGUGAUAUUUAUUUUUUAUGUUUCUGA